AAUACACACGGGACAACCAGAAGUAAGACUGGGAAUACUAAAAGGAGGCUUUUCCCUUGGAAGUAAGAAAGGAAGAGCUCCAGCAAGAAGCUUUGCUGUAGAGGCCAUGGGCUGCUGGAAGCAAGAGAUAACCAACACCUGGGCUUUCCCCACCCUCAUCCUCUGCCUCUAUGGAUUCUUCUACAUGAUGAAACCAUCAGAACCUUUCCUAACACCCUAUCUAACAGGACCAGAUAAAAACCUGACCACAGAUGAGGUCACCAACCAGAUUCUGCCCGUUUGGACAUACUCCUACCUCGCUCUCCUUUUCCCAGUGUUCCUGCUCACAGACUACGUGCGCUACAAGCCCGUGCUCCUCCUGCAGGGCAUCAGCCUCAUCGUCACCUGGCUCCUGCUGCUCUUUGCACAUGGAGUGGUGGCCAUGCAGCUGGUGGAAUUCUUCUAUGGCACGGUCACGGCCACCGAGGUGGCCUAUUACGCCUACAUCUACAGCGUGGUCAGCACCCAACACUACCAGAGGGUCACCAGCUACUGCAGGAGCGUCACCCUGGUGGCAGCCACCGCGGCCGCCGUGCUGGGACAGCUGCUGGUGUCCCUAGGACACGUCUCCUACUUCUACCUCAACGCCAUUACCUUGGCUUCCGUGUCCCUGGCCUUCCUGUGCGCAUUCUUCCUGCCCACGCCCCAGAGGAGCAUGUUCUUCCACAGGAAAGAUGCCCCUGAGCCCGUGCCAGGGCCCGCUCAAGAGCCGGCCGCGGGCGCUGCCCACGGGCCCGGGAGCUGCCAGGAGGAACCGAGCCCCGAUGCUGCUGCCAGGAGCCCGCAGCCCCCGGCCGGGAACGCCCGGCCCCGCAGGCACGGGCUCGGCGCGCUGCUGCGGCUGGGCAGGGACCUGCGGGAUUGCUACGGCUCCCGCAAACUCCUCUGCUGGUCCCUGUGGUGGGCUCUGGCCACGGCCGGCUUUAACCAGGUCGUGAACUACGUCCAGGUGCUGUGGGACCUGCGAGCCCCCUCGCACAGCUCCGCAGUGUACAACGGAGCUGUCGAAGCUAUAGCAACUUUCCUGAGCUCAGUAACAUCCUUCCUAGUACAAUAUAUGAAGAUUAACUGGGACCAUUUUGGAGAACUGGCUUUAGGGAUCUUCUCUGCAAUAGAUGCCGGUUGUCUGUUUCUUAUGCACUUCUUGACCAACAUCUGGGCAUGCUAUGCUGGAUAUCUCAUUUUCAAGGUGUGCUAUAUGCUCCUCCUGACAAUAGCAACGUUCCAGAUCGCCGUCAAUCUGAGCAUGGAACGCUAUGCCCUGAUGUUUGGAUUCAACAACUUCAUUGCUCUGCUGAUCCAGACCAUUCUCACAAUAGUUGUUGUAGAUUCAAGAGGCCUGGGACUGGACAUAGUGACUCAAUUUUUAAUUUAUGGCAGCUACUUCGUAGUCAUACAUGGGAUUUUCAUGAUCAGAAGCGUUUGUGUGCUGGUUUCAUGCAAAUGCCAAAGGAAAAUAGCAAGAUCUUGCACAGAGCAGCUGAACCGGGCUGAGCACGAGUCAAGAGAGCAGAUUGUCACAAGCUACGUGACACAGCUGUAGGAGGCAGGCAGGCUGGAGGAGGGCUUCUCCUGGGAGAAGGGCUCCCAGCAGGGAAGAGCAACAUGCAGGGAACAGCAGAAGAACCUUCAACUCAGCCCUGAAAAGCUACACUGAAUCAUUCCAGCACGUCAUCACAACAUAUGCCAGCAGAAAGCUCACCAGGAUGGCACUGUGCCAAGAAUAAAAGAUAAGUAGCUUUAGAUUCUUAUUUACAUUCGCAUAAAUAGCUUUAGGGCAGUAAUUUAUACACAGAAUCUGAGCAACCACCUUUGCAUCCCCCCUUGCACAAUGGCAGAGAGCAGAGUUCACCCUGCCUUGCCCAUUGUAGCUCCUGAAUGCCGCGCUGGCAAAGCUGCUCGUGUCACAUUUGCCGAUGCAGUGGCUGAAGGGUCUGACUCCCCUUUGCACAGCCCUUGUUCUGAACCAAGGAAGAAAAGAUCAUCUUUGCAUCAUUCUAUUCUUUCAUACCCAGUGCAGGCAGAUGGGGGACAGGCGUCUCCUGUCUCAUCUCACAGCCCUGAGCAUGCAGGCUGCAAAAAGCAGGGCUUGCACAACCUGUCCCGGGAGUUUCACUGCAACACUGCUACGUCACAGUUGUUACUUGGCCCACAUUUGAGAGCUACAAACACUGUACUGACUUCACAGCAAUCUCUGCCAAGAAGGGAAUAACUUCAGGGCCCAAACAAAACGCAAGAGCACCACUCUUUUGCUGUGCUUUCAGUAAAAUCAAAUUCAGGACUGUCUUCCUCUUUCAGCAGGAAAAGAAAUAAUAACAAGGGACUGAAGUAGCACAGACUCAAACCAGAGAAGGACAUUGUGGAGAAAUACAGCUGAUUCCACAGAGGAAAAUUCCAUAUUAACAGGACUAUCCAAGAAGAUUUAUAACUGAAACAAACAGCUAGCAUCAUGUGUGCUUUUGAGUGCCAAGUGAGGGAAGUCCACUGAUCUUGGCCAAGAAUUUAGCAGGAUCAGCAUCUCAGAGUUUGUCAAGAAGCUUCAAGUCCUACAGCUAAUUUAGUCCAAAAGACAGUCCAGAAGAAAAAAGAGACUAGAAAUGAGUUUGCAUAUUGGAUGUCUAAUUUAUUAUGAACUAUAUCCAUAUGCUGAAUUUAUUUCUGUACUGCUGUUUGCUU